GCUCCUGCGAUCAUUGACAUCUUUGCACGCAAUCAGCCAACACUUGUACCGUCGAACGACAACAAGUACGAUCACAUCAAGAUGCGUCCGACUCCUCGUCUUAUGAUGCAGGCCACCAAGGCUCUGCGGUCGGCUGGCCACCCUGAUCCAAAGAACGGAGUAUACAUGGGCUGGUGGGGUGACUUGGGGUCGCAAACUCAGAAAGGAAUCGUCACAUACGCCGUGUCGCCGAACAGACAAGAUCCCAUGGCCGGCGCCUUCAAAAAUGCCGUCUUUAACACAUAUCGCCGCACAUACCAUCAAAUCCUCUACUGGCUCCCUCCAUUGGUUCUGGGAUAUGUUCUUAUGGAUUGGGCCACUGAAAGAAACGAAUACUUGAACUCCAAGCCUGGACGAUUGGAGGAGGGAGGCGCAGGGGAAUAAGCUUCCCAGUUGAUGGUGUCGUUCAGCAAUAUUGUACAUAAGCGGAACCAGUGGAAUGCAAUAAAGGAGUUUCAUCAUCAAACAUCCUGCAUCAAACGUCUUGCCUUGCCUUAAAGCCUGUCGGCACCAGACCUGCGCUCCAGUGGUCUCAGUCUCCUCUCUCUGCGGCUUCGUGAUCACCACUGUCAUGGGCGUCUACGUGCCUGCCGAACGAUGUCUGAACGAUGUCUUGGAUGUCUUGUUGCGGUUGAUCCCAUUUGUUGAUGAUUCUCAACAAAGCUGUGAUGCCAGGAAGUAAGGAUUGUGGUUGCAGUGACAUAGGGCGUAGAACUUUUUUGAAAUGCAGCAGCGGCUUCCGGUGGACUGGGGUUAGCCUGGACCUAUUCGAGGCAUAUCGUGAUGUUCGCUGAGACUGCUGAGAUAGCGAUUCAAUUCUUCG